AUGCAAAUCUUCGUCAAGACAUUAACUGGUAAGACUAUCACUCUUGAAGUCGAAUCCAACGACACCAUCGAGAACGUGAAGAGCAAGAUUCAAGACAAGGAAGGAAUCCCACCUGACCAACAAAGAUUGAUUUUUGCAGGAAAGCAAUUGGAAGACGGAAGAACAUUAUCCGACUACAACAUUCAAAAGGAAUCCACUCUCCACUUGGUCUUGAGAUUGAGAGGAGGUAUGCAAAUCUUCGUUAAAACCUUGACCGGAAAGACUAUUACUCUUGAGGUUGAGUCCAAUGAUACCAUUGAAAACGUUAAAUCCAAGAUUCAAGACAAGGAAGGUAUUCCACCUGAUCAACAACGUUUAAUUUUCGCUGGUAAACAAUUAGAAGACGGAAGAACCCUCUCUGAUUACAACAUUCAAAAGGAAUCCACUCUCCACCUUGUCCUCAGACUCAGAGGUGGUAUGCAAAUUUUCGUCAAAACUCUCACUGGUAAAACGAUCACAUUGGAAGUUGAAUCCAACGACACCAUCGAGAAUGUGAAGAGCAAGAUUCAAGACAAGGAAGGUAUUCCUCCAGAUCAACAAAGAUUGAUUUUUGCUGGUAAGCAAUUGGAGGAUGGAAGAACUCUUUCUGAUUAUAACAUCCAAAAGGAGUCCACUCUUCACCUUGUGUUGAGAUUAAGAGGUGGUUCUAAUUAA